GCGUACGUGCAGCAACCGACUCCGCCCAGCGAGGCGGAGCUUAGGGAAGCCGCGGGCGGCCGGCCGCGGUCCGGGAGCUGUUGCUGCUGCUGCGGCGGCUGCACCGGCGGCACCGAGGCCGAGAUCGAGGUCGGGGUGCGCGCUUAGCAAACGUGCCUUAUCCGUGCGGCUUGGUUGCGCCAGCCCUUGCGGCCCCCCGGGCGUCUAGGCGGGUCUGUGCGCCGCCUCGGCGAGGAUGCGGCUGUUCCGGUGGCUGCUGAAGCAGCCGGUGCCCAAGCAGAUCGAGCGCUACUCGCGCUUCUCGCCGUCGCCGCUCUCCAUCAAACAGUUCCUGGACUUCGGGAGAGAUAAUGCAUGUGAGAAAACUUCAUAUAUGUUUCUACGAAAGGAACUUCCUGUGCGGCUGGCUAACACAAUGAGAGAAGUUAAUCUUCUGCCGGAUAAUUUACUUAACCGCCCUUCAGUGGGAUUGGUUCAGAGUUGGUAUAUGCAGAGUUUUCUUGAACUUUUAGAAUAUGAAAAUAAGAGCCCUGAGGAUCCACAGGUCUUGGAUAACUUUCUACAAGUUCUGAUUAAAGUCAGAAAUAGACACAAUGAUGUGGUUCCUACAAUGGCGCAAGGAGUGAUUGAAUACAAGGAGAAGUUUGGGUUUGAUCCUUUCAUUAGCACUAACAUCCAGUAUUUUCUGGAUCGGUUUUAUACCAACCGCAUCUCGUUCCGCAUGCUUAUUAAUCAGCACACACUUCUGUUUGGGGGUGACACUAAUCCUGUUCAUCCUAAACACAUAGGAAGUAUUGAUCCCACCUGUAAUGUGGCGGAUGUGGUGAAAGAUGCAUAUGAAACAGCCAAGAUGCUGUGUGAACAGUAUUACCUGGUAGCUCCAGAGCUGGAAGUUGAAGAAUUCAAUGCCAAAGCGCCAGACAAACCUAUUCAGGUGGUUUAUGUGCCCUCACAUCUGUUUCAUAUGCUAUUUGAGUUGUUCAAGAACUCAAUGAGAGCGACAGUCGAACUCUAUGAAGACAGAAAAGAGGGCUACCCCGCUGUUAAAACCCUCGUUACUUUGGGUAAAGAAGACUUAUCCAUUAAGAUCAGUGACCUAGGCGGUGGUGUCCCACUUCGAAAAAUAGAUCGUCUUUUUAACUACAUGUAUUCGACUGCUCCUAGACCCAGCCUGGAGCCUACCAGAGCUGCCCCUUUGGCUGGAUUUGGUUAUGGUUUGCCAAUUUCCCGUCUGUAUGCUAGAUAUUUUCAAGGAGAUCUGAAACUGUAUUCCAUGGAAGGAGUGGGUACUGAUGCUGUCAUUUAUUUGAAGGCUCUUUCAAGUGAGUCAUUUGAGAGACUUCCAGUUUUUAAUAAGUCCGCAUGGCGCCAUUACAAGACCACGCCUGAAGCCGACGAUUGGAGCAAUCCCAGCAGUGAACCCAGGGAUGCUUCAAAAUACAAAGCGAAACAGGACAAGAUCAAGACUAAUAGAACUUUCUAGAGGACUGAAUGCUCUGGUCCUCUCUGUGAAGAAAGAUUGCCUUCUGCAAGUCAACCAGAGAGAACUGCUUUCUCCCUGCUCUGAGCGUGGCAUCAUAGUUAUUCCUAGUGCUUGAAUGUGUAUUUUCUCUGUACCACCUGGACUUUCCCAAGGAGCUUUUCCUGUAGCUACUCCAGAUCUUCCACUAAAGUAGUAACUUUUUUAUGACAUCUUGUUGUGGUGUGAUUGAUGCCUGUCACCGAAGAGCACCGAGCCUCCUUACAGCUCUUGUGCCCUCGUACACUCCGUCUUGUUUUCAUAGCAUCUGAUGUCUUCAGUCCUUCCAGGAUUCUGUGCGCCUUUCCCAUUCCAGAUACAGCAGAUCGUACUGUUGCUCCUUGUGACCAAAUAUCAUAUUUGUCCCAAACCUCCAGCUAGGGCCCUGGGACCCUGGAAGCGGAAGACAUCAGCUGGCCAUGCCCUGAUGAUUUAGUCCCAGAGCCCUCCGUCUCUCCCAUGCCUCCCUCCGCCACUCUAUGAUUUAGGCUUUUGCCUUCUUCCAUCUGAUCGGAUUCUCAUUGUGAGGUUGUGGCGACUUUCAUGUUAGAUCUUCUUCACUGUUGCCUUCGUUUUAUUUUAAAAUUCAUUUGUAUAUUUCUGUUGAUUAAAGCAUUCCAAAUGUUAUCUU